AUGCCAAUUAGAAUCAAAUUAAAUAGAAAUGGUAGUAGUGGUGUUUCUAGUUCCUUAAGAAGAAGACAUGAAAAAUUGGAUGUUGAUACUGAUCCUAACAAAUAUGAUUAUGAUAUUGAUGAAUUAAUUAUUGAAGAAAAUGAAUUGGCUAAAAAAGAACAAGAACAUGAUUUUUAUAAAAAUCAAGAAAUUGGUAAAGAAAAAGAAGAAAUGGUUUAA